AGCGUCGAGUGACCAGAUUGCAAACUGCCUCCGAGUCCUCAAGCUGAAUUCAAGUUGCCUCUCCAUAAUGUUCGACAACGAGGAUCAUGUAUAAAACUUUGCUAAAAUCUCCGAAUCAUUCACAGCCAAGCUGCAAUUUUACUGGCGAUGACCGAACAACGCACGCUUUACCAUUUUACCCCAUAGCACUGUUCGAGUUUCGGAACGCUACGCACCUGUAAUUCGGAAUUCGCUACUUCAUGGGGCCAUAUAUUCUUGGGCUCUCCUGACAUGCUAGUUCCGUCAAGCUUCUCUCGUUCGGUCCAGGUGUUUCUCUUCUCCCCUCAUCUUUCCUUCCUAUGUCGCUCCUCCUGCCCUACUCCCAGUGGAAAAGCUGGAGAGAUCGCGUUCGUCACUUUACGUGGGCUUGGCAUGCUGUGAUCAUGGGCACCGGCGCGGUGUCGGCAUUGCUGCACAAUUUUCCAUACAAUAGCGAUAGUUCUGCGCUGAAGAUAAUGGCGCUGAUUAUCUUCCUGCUUAAUCUCGUGCUGUUCGUCUUCGUUUGCAUAUGUACUGUGCUGCGAUACAUUCUAUACCCAGAGAUUUGGUCACGCAUGAUCGCACAUCCAGCUCAAAGUCUAUUCAUAGGCUGUUUCCCCAUGGGAGCUGCAACUCUAAUAAACGCUGGUUUGGCAGUGAAUCAAGACUGGGCCACAGGGGGAAAAGCCUUCUUAUACACAUUAUGGGGAUUCUGGUGGCUCGAUUCUGCUGUCUCUUAUGUGAUUGCUUUCGGGAUGAUAUACGCCAUGAUGGUGAAGCAGGACCAUGCUGUAUCGAGGAUGACCGCAGUUUGGCUCUUACCUGUUGUCACCCUUAUUGUCGCAUCAUCCACCGGCGGUCUGCUCGCGAACGCACUUCGAGCCCAUUCUCAUACGCUCGCGCUGGUCACAACGGGUUUCUCGCUGACAAUGGUUAUCAUCGGUCUGACAUUUGCGCUCAUGAUGAUUACCGUAUACCUUCUACGUCUAAUUAUUCAUGGCCCACCUGAUCCAUCGCUCAUCCUUUCCGCCUUCGUCAUUCUCGGACCUCUCGGUCAGGGCGGGUUCUCUCUUCUAGUCAACGGACAGGAUCUUUCGCUUUUGCUCCCUUUGCAUAUCGGGUCCGACUUCCCUCAAUCUGAGCUGACAGGCCAGAUGCUCUUCGCAGGAUGUUUCGGAGGAGCAUACAUUCUCUGGAGCAUGGGCAUCGCAUGGAUCCUCAUUGCAUGUUUCUCUAUUGCGCAUGUGUCUCAUAAUGCCAAGAUUCCAUUCUCACUGGCGCACUGGGGUCUGAUUUUCCCGAACGGAGUUUUUGCGUUGUGUUCUGUACAGCUAGCAAAAGUGCUUGACAGUGGGUUUUUUCGAGCAUUUGGUGCAGCUUGGUCAUGUAUCGUUUUCUUACUUUGGAUUACGGUGUUCUUCCGAAGCAUACCAUCCUUCAUCGACGGAUCCAUGUUCAAGGCGCCCUAUGUUGUUGACCCUCCCCGAGGGCGCGACCCAUUGGCGCUCCAUGUCGAUAAAGAAAGCGACGUAGAGCGAGGUGCAGACCGGACGUCGACAAUCUCGACGUUGAGGCCGCAACUGACAAAAGCACAGUAAUGUUAUGAUGACCUUGAAGACCAUGAUUUCUAUACAGUACAUUGGAGUCACGAGCUCUUUAGUAUUUUAUGCAUUUGCAUUGGCGCCACUGGAGUAAAUUUUCGAUUUGGUAGGACAAUGGUAGUGUGUUGUAGUUAAAGCUGCUCGUAAUUCCCUACAUAGAUGAUGAUGAUGAUGCAUGAUACCUCUUGACGUCCUCC